AUGGCGCUGACCUUCGUCCUCUCUCCACUUCGGCCGGCGCCGCAGCUUGCGCCGGCCACACGGCCCGGCGUCCCACCGCGAGGCCCGGCUGGUGCUCCGAGCAGCGCCUGUGGCGCCGCCGUGACCGGCGGCUUCUUGGCCGCCUGGGGGCAGCACACAGCGCGCACAGCGCGUCGAGGGCGGGUGGUGAGGUUGGCGGAGACGGAUCCCAAUAGCUAUGUGCCCAUCCUGUUGGAAAUGGAGGAAGGGAAGGCAUAUCAAAUUGAAGCCAGGCCCAAGGAUACGGUGAAGACCCUGAAGGCCGUGUUGAACCUGGAGUUGGGUUUUGCAGAACAAGCCAUUCAGUUGAGUUUUGAUGGGAAGGUCUUGAGUGAUGAGAUGGAGUUGACCGAAGUGGACCUGAAGGAAGGAUCCAAGCUUCAGAUGGAGGUGGUGGAAGUGACUGAGGAGGCUGUUUCUUCCAGCUCCGGCGAAGGUGACGGCAUUCGGAUUUUCAUCAAAGUGGACUCAGCAGGCAAGACCACCAAGCUGACCUUGAACUUAGAUCCAGAGGAGGGGAUUGAAGAUGUGAAACUGGAAGCGUAUGAACAGUUCCGCGACAAGGUGCCAUUCUUGUGCGACUCCCCUCCCAAAGAGUAUGGAUUGUUCCUGCUGGAUGGGACUCCGGUGGCUGAUAGUAGGGGCAACCUGCGAUGGCUAAAGAAAAGUGAACGGCUGAAGGAGACCCAAACGGUCGCAGAGAAUGGCUUGGAAGGUGGGGAGGAGCUGGUGUUUGCCAACCUCAUGUGGCUGGAUCUGGGCAGUUGA